AUGCGCGUAACGCUGAACGAUGGCAGGCAGAUGACCGGCCAGAUGCUAGCAUUUGAUAAGCACAUGAAUCUUGUCCUCGCCGACACCGAAGAAUUUCGCAAAGUGAAGCGUAAGCAGAAUAAAUCCUCCGCACCCGCAGCACCUGGAUCCGCCGCAGCAGCCACAGUUGAGACAGAAGAGAAGAGAACAUUGGGACUGGUUAUUCUGCGAGGAACGAAUAUUGUAUCGAGCAGUGUUGAAGGACCACCCCCAUCAGAUCCCUCAUCACGAUUGGGUCAAUCUGCACCGGGAGGUGCACCAACCGCUCUGCAGGCCGGCACAGGAAUCUCGAGACCAGCAGGUCGUGGCUUACCAGUUGGUUUGGGCGGCCCAGUAGCUGGUGUGGGUGGACCACCACCUCCAGGAGGGUUUGGUUUCCCACCAGGAGGCGGUUUCCCAGGAGGGGCUCCGCCGCCAGGAUUUCCAGGACGUGGUGCCGGCGGCCCGCCAGCUGGAGGACCCCCACCAGGCUUUGGUGGUCCGCCGCCUGGUUUCGGAGGCCCCCCUGGAGGACCACCCCCUGGGUUCCAGCCUCCUCCUGGGUUCCAAGGCGGACCGCCCGGGCAGGGAAGGGGAUAUGGACCACCUGGCUUUGGACGGUGA